UUCAAAAUAGAAUAAACCCAUCUUCUUCUUCUUCUCUCUCUCAGUUCAGUGACUGAAGUUGAACUGAGGGAGACCCAAAAGUUGAGGAUUUUGUUGUUUUUUGGUGAAAUUUUACUGUUUGAUAUGAAUAAAAAAAGAAAGAAGAAAUGAAAUGAAAAUGGAUGGGUUGGUACUUUUUGGUGUGUAUUUGAAGCUGUGAUUGUUUUCAAAAAAAUUGAGUAGAGAGUGGCAGCAUUUGUGGCCAACUCCAAAUCAUUGCUUUCUCUUACUUUUGUCUCCAAAAAUCUUUCUCCUUAUAUUAUUUUCACUUUCAUACUUGGUUUCAUCCCCCAUUUUCCUCUCUUCCAAAAGCAAAAAUCAUUAGGGUUUUCUUUUGGGUUUUUCUCAGAUCAUCCCCUUUUUUUUUUCAUCUGGGUUUUUGCCGGACACAUAUUUGCCGGAAUGUAAUGGGGGAAUGGAUGAUUCAAUGAGUUUUCUGUUGUGGUUUCAUUUUAAUGGGGUGUGUUUUUGGGCGAGAGGUAUCUGAGAAUCCCGUCCAGAAAGAGGAGGAAGACAGAAGACAGAACGGGGAGGAGGAAAUUAGGGUUUCUGUUAAGCCGGAGGUUGUUCAGGUUCAGGUUAACAAUGCUCGUAAUGGUGGAAGUAGGAAGGAGGUUGAAGAUGAUAGAGGUUCGAGGCAGAGAAGUGAGCGGCGGCGACGGCCGAAUCCGAGAUCGAGUAAUCCGCCGAAACAUGUGCAUGGGGAGCAAGUUGCCGCCGGUUGGCCGUCUUGGCUCUCUGCUGUCGCCGGUGAAGCUAUCAAUGGAUGGAUUCCUCGCCGUGCUGACUCUUUUGAGAAGCUUGAUAAAAUUGGGCAAGGGACGUAUAGUAAUGUUUACAAAGCAAGGGAUUCUUUGACAGGGAAGAUUGUGGCUCUAAAGAAAGUUCGUUUUGACAAUUUGGAGCCUGAGAGUGUGAGAUUUAUGGCCCGAGAGAUUCUCAUCCUGCGGCGUCUUGAUCAUCCCAAUGUUGUAAAACUCGAAGGUUUGGUGACGUCCCGGAUGUCGUGUAGUUUAUAUCUUGUAUUUGAAUACAUGGAGCAUGAUUUGGCUGGACUUGCUGCGAGCCCCACGAUCAAGUUUACUGAACCGCAGGUUAAAUGCUACAUGAACCAAUUGUUAUCAGGGCUUGAACACUGUCACAACCGCUACGUGCUGCAUCGUGAUAUAAAGGGAUCAAAUCUUCUGAUUGGUAAUGAUGGGAUCCUUAAGAUAGCGGAUUUUGGAUUGGCUUCCGUCUUUGAUCCCAACCACAAGCAGCCAAUGACAAGUAGGGUGGUUACUCUAUGGUAUCGACCUCCCGAACUUCUUCUUGGAGCUACUGAUUAUGGUGUUGGUGUAGACCUUUGGAGUGCUGGCUGCAUUUUAGCUGAGCUGUUAGCCGGAAAGCCUAUAAUGCCCGGUCGCACAGAGGUCGAACAGCUACAUAAGAUAUUCAAGUUAUGUGGCUCUCCUACAGAUGAAUACUGGAAAAAGUCAAGGUUGCCUCAUGCAACCAUAUUCAAACCUCAACAUUCAUACAAGAGAUGCAUAACAGAGACAUUUAAAGACUUCCCACCAUCGUCUCUGCCACUUAUCGAGACACUUCUUGCAAUCGACCCAGCUGAACGCCUGACCGCCACUGCUGCUUUAAACAGUGAAUUUUUCACUACCAAACCAUAUGCUUGUGAGCCUUCCAGCCUCCCCAAGUAUCCUCCAAGCAAGGAAAUGGAUGCAAAACUGCGGGAUGAAGAAGCAAGAAGACUAAGAGCUGCUGGCAGAAGCAAUGUAGAUGGGGUGAAGAAAUCACGAGCACGUGAUCGAGCUGUUCGUGCAAUACCUGCCCCAGAAGCCAAUGCUGAGCUUCAAGCCAAUCUCGAUAGGCGGCGUCUUAUAACACACGCGAAUGCGAAGAGCAAGAGUGAAAAGUUUCCUCCUCCACAUCAAGAUGGAGCACUUGGCUACCCUCUAGCAUCUUCGCAUCACAUCGAUCCAAUCUACGAUCCUCCCGACGUUCCAUUUAGCACGAUGAAUUUCUCGUAUCCAAAAGCAAACAUUCACACAUGGUCUGGUCCUUUGAUGGACCCAGCUGCUGUUGGUGCUCCAAGACGGAAAAAACACACAGCAGGGGACGGCCAUUCAUCAAAAUCAUCUAAGGACUUACGAAAAGACAAGAGUUCUGCUCGGAUCUAAUUCACUUAAAUCGGUUUCGAUGAGCUUCAAAUCGUUUAGAGAUCUUCAUCCAUCAUUUCUAAAGUCAAUCCCGGGAAAUUCGAUUGAAUUCUAUGGAGAGGUAAAGAGUAUAUCAUUUCUCUUUUUUUUAUUUUCAGUUUUCUAUAAUUUUGUAAGAUCAGAUGCUCCACUGGUUUGUAUAUUUUUUUUCUUUCUUUCUUUUAUUUUCUUUUACCCAUUCCCAUAUUCUCUUCACUGUGCUAUAAAACAAGCUUACUGAAAUAUCAAUAAAUUUGUCCUUAGAAAUCCUUUUAGCCAUCCUUUUAGGAUUCCAUUGCUACAUUGGAUCCGAAGGCUUUCCAAAUUCAA